AUGCCGUGGGCAACACGAAGGAUAUGUUACUACCAUCUCCAACAAAAGAUAAUUUCUAAUUUCCGUGGGAAGCAACUGAUGUACUUGGUGAAAGGGGCAGCAUAUGCGCAUAUGUAUGAUGAUUACAACCACUACAUGGCUUCCCUUACUAACGUAAAUCCGGCCCUUGCAGCGUACUUGAAUGAGGCAGAUCCAGCUUUAUGGUCUCGAGUUUACUGUCCAGGAGAUAGAUACAACAUCAAGACUAGCAACAUUGCAGAAUCUAUUGACUCCAUGCUAAAGAAAGCCAAAGGUUAUCCCAUCACAUAUCUCAUUGAGUUUAUUACGAAAAAGUUAGGUAGGUGGUAUUGGAAAAGACGAAAGGAUGCAUUUAGUCUGGCAACCACUUUUGGCCGGGGUGUUGAGUUCUUAUUGGCCGUAAGGGAGCAUUACGCAGAUAUGAUGAAGGUAAAACGCAUUGAUGGCUGGCGUUUCUACGUUAGGGGUGGGCAACGUGACUGUUUGGUUGACUUGGAAGCAAAAUCUUGUUCAUGCGGGGUGUUUGAUGUUGAGAAAAUGCCAUGUUCACAUGCAAUUAAGGCUGUCAAGUCAAGCGGAUGGCAUAUGUCUACCGUAGUCGAAGCUUACUAUAGAAAAGAUUAUGUCUAUGCGUCGUACGCGGCUACCAUCAUGCCCAAUGUCGAGCACCAUCCAAUUGGGCCAGAUAUCCGAUGUAUACCUCCCAUUCCGAAGCAGAAGCCUGGAAGGCAAAAGAAGUCUCGUUGGCUAACAUGGCUAGAACUGUCACGUAAAAAUGGGAGCAAGCCGAGGAAGUCUCAUAAGCAAUAUGCUUGUUCAAAAUGCAGACAGCCUGGACAUACUCGACCUCAUUGUGUAAGUAACAAUCCCACUUGA